GACGACUUAGAGGGGGAUAUGAGAGAGCGCUUAAUAGAGUGGAGGCAGUUACUAGGGAGGAGCGGUUGAGAGAAAGACCCGCAUUUUGAGUGUAAAAAGAAGGGAGGUAGUGAGUCUUUACUAACUAGUGCUACGGCGGCAACCGUCCCAUUUCCUCCAAGAACCCCUGUUUCUUCUCUCCUCAGAAAGAAUGAAGUAUAGGAUCCAACGGGAAGGAGCACGGUUUCCACUUGAGAUAAGGGAGGGAAAUUAGGGUUUGAGGAGGAGAAGGAUGAAGGACAAGCUGGAUCUCAAAUUCACAGGGGGGAAGGUGAGGUCAGGGAGCAGCAGUAGCAGGAGGCGCUGUGUUAAGGUCUGGUUUGUUCGGCUGAGUUCUAGUAUCCUGCUAUGGACGGGGCUCAUUCAGUUGAUGGCCAUCGGUGAGCUAUGGCACCCCCAUCUCCCCACCUGCUUCGAUCGUAGCCACCACCAUUUCGCAACCUCGUCAUCAUCAGCUGCUUUCUCUUCUUCCAAUGCUUCGUCUUCGAUUGUAGGUGGUGUUGCUCAGUUUUCUAUUCAUGGGGAAAAAGCUGCUUCUUCGCCACCUGCCCUUCUUCCUCUCAGGGUUUACAAAAAUAAUGGUUACCUCACAGUGUCUUGCAAUGGAGGUCUGAAUCAAAUGCGAGCUGCAAUCUGUGAUAUGGUGACCAUUGCUCGUUUUUUAAAUCUGACAUUAGUUGUUCCCGAGCUUGAUAAGACAUCAUUUUGGGCUGACCCUAGUGAUUUUGGGGAUAUUUUUAAUGUCAAGCACUUCAUUAAUUCAUUGAGAGAUGAGGUGCAUAUUGUAAAAUCACUUCCAAAGAAACUACAUCGUAAGCUUCGUAGCACCUCAUUCUCGAUGCCUCCAGUAAGCUGGUCUAAUGAGAAGUACUAUUUGAAACAGAUUCUACCUCUUUUCCAUAAAUACAAAGUGAUACAUUUUAACAAGACGGAUUCUCGCUUGGCAAACAAUGGCCUCCCUCUCGAGCUCCAGAUGCUACGAUGCCGGGUCAAUUAUCAGGCGUUGAGGUUUACUCCUCAUAUUGAGGCCUUGGGCAGGAAACUUGUUUCAAUGCUUCGAGAGAGUGGAUUUUUUGUGGUCCUUCAUCUACGCUAUGAGAUGGAUAUGCUAGCAUUUUCUGGUUGUACUAAUGGCUGCUCUGAGGCAGAGACUGCCGAGCUCACAAGGAUGAGAUAUGCGUACCCAUGGUGGAAAGAGAAAGAGAUUGAUUCAGAGCAGAAAAGAUUAGAGGGUCUAUGCCCCCUUACUCCUGAGGAAACUGCACUAGUUCUGAAGGCAUUGGGCUUCGAAAAGGAUACUCUAAUCUACAUUGCUUCAGGGGAGAUCUAUGGCGGUGAAAGAAGGCUUGCAUCUCUAAGAGCUGCAUAUCCGAAAAUAGUAAGGAAGGAGAUGCUCCUUAGCCCUGAUGAAUUGAAGCCUUUCCUGAACCAUUCAACCCAAAUGGCAGCGCUUGAUUAUUUGGUUGCUAUAGAAAGUGAUGUCUUUGUUCCCAGUUAUGAUGGAAAUAUGGCAAAACUUGUGGAAGGCCACCGCAGGUAUUUGGGAUUCCGCAAGACUGCUCAAUUGGAUCGGAGGGAGCUGGUAGAGCUCAUUGAUAUGCACCGCAACAACACACUGACGUGGGAUGAGUUCUUGGAUGCCGUUAGACGAGUGCAUAGGCAACGGAUUGGUCAGCCGACAAAGAGGAAAGUAAUAGCAGAGAGACCAAAAGAAGAGGACUAUUUCUAUGCAAACCCUGAAGAAUGCCUUGGCAGCUCCUCUAUGACUGAAGCAGUAUAUGGUGGUGAUGAUGACCUCAGGGUGUUCAAUACCUGAAUAAUUGGCUCCUUGUGUCUUUGAUAGCUGGGGCCUGAACAAGAUGAGCAUCCAUGCCACGGAGGAACGGUUUUAUCUUAUUACCACGAAAACAUGUGAAAUACUCUUUGGAGACUGCUUCUAGAGGAGGCGGCCAGCCAAUGGAAGGGUCUCCAGCCACGCCGACCACACUGAUGAUUUAUACACUUGAAGAAGAUACUGCGAGCUUGAUCUGUUGCGCAUUAUGCUUGCGGCUGUUCAUGUUUUCUUGUCAUUCGUUCAUCAGUUUCAUUUUAAUGAUUGAUUCCUUCACCUUGUUUCCUUUUAAAAUGGAUUGGUGACUUAUUUUUGGGGUAAGUAAUGGAUUGGUGACUUUACAAUCUAUAUUGUCUCUCUCUGUGAAUGGAGCUUUUGGUUGAAGUA